AUGUAUUUGGUCAAUACUAAAUUGCUUGAGCUAGAAGAAUUUGAUUGUGAGCUAGAUGCCACAUACUGUACACUCUCCCACCGAUGGCUCCCGGCUAAACAAGAAGUCUCGUUCCAGGAUAUCGCUCAUCUUUCAACGUGUCAGAAAGAAGGCGUGACUAAACUGAGAUCUGCCUGCCGGAUCGCGCGGUCGCUGAAAUUUGACUACAUCUGGAUUGAUACUUGUUGCAUCGACAAGUCUAGUAGUGCAGCCCUAAGCGAGGCAAUAAACUCAAUGUGGAAGUACUACGAAACGGGUCAAGUCUGUCUUGCAUACUUAGCCGGAUUUGUCAUUGGAGAUAGCGAGAGAACAUUCGAACACUCAUCAUGGUUCACAAGAAGUUGGACGUUGCAGGAACUACUAGCUCCAAUGGAGGUUAUUUUUUUCGAUGCAAAUUGGCAUGAAUUCGGGACUCGCUCCUCCUUGUCGUCAUUGAUCAGCUCCAUUACAGGCAUCUAUGAGCCAGCUCUCCAUGGAAUCGAUCCUGCGCGAUAUUCCAUUGCACAUAGAAUGUCGUGGGCAGCUGCAAGGGAGGCCACUCGGACCGAGGAUCUUGCGUACAGUUUGAUGGGCUUGUUCAACGUCAAUAUGCCUAUGCUCUAUGGAGAGGGCGCUAAAGCUUUCAGAAGGCUGCAGGAGGAGAUCAUCAAACAAUCUGACGACCAAUCAAUUUUUGUCUGGUCUAUGGCCAGCUCGACAUUCUCAUCAGGCCUGUUGGCAUCCUCACCAUCUGCUUUCGCAAAUUGUCAUUAUAUGAACUCUUCAGCGUUCGGUGCUGUCAGCCCGACCUUCUCACUGAGUUCAAGAGGUGUGGAGAUCGACCUUGGGACCAUCCCAGUAAGCCUCGAUGAAGGCAACGGCAUCUUCAAGGCUCUUCUUGAAGUUGUGCUAGUGCGUGAAGGAGCGGAAGACCUGUGCGUUGGGAUAUACCUUGGCAGUGUCAAGGGCCCGAGCAACUUUCGGCAUCGCAUCGCAUAUCGAGGUCAACAAUUAUGGAUAUGUCCGUACAGUGAGUUGAGCAGAGAAUUCUUCCGUAAGCAAAGAUAUUGCGUUCGAGGGACUGGACACGUGUUCAAGUACAGAUCUCGACGGAGAGUCUGGUUUGAGACACCCGCGGUCACUGAUAACAUGCUAGGCAAUUUGGCCCCAAAAAUUUAUUGGAACAGUCGAUGUGAGGCCUCGGACAUCUCCUCCUGCGCCAAGUCUAGCUGGUUAUCAUAUCGAGAGUCCAAUCCCAUCUGUACUGUCGACCUGACGUCUUGCAACAUAGGUGUGCAAUUUGUUCAUUUUGGAUUUGAUGAUACACUUCGACCAGUCUGCCUCAUUACCGACUCCUCGUACGUACACAUCCGUAAACAAGAUCAUCAACUUCUAAAACGGUCUAUAGCAAAUGUCGAAGGGAACCACCCUGAUAGCAAUGAUGCGGUCGUCCACGAAAGCACAAAACCGAUAGCAUGCUUCUUGCCUCGCCCUGCUGCGCUCCGAAAUGUGGAAGUCGAAUAUCUCUUUAACUUGCCAUGGAGCUCAAUGGACAUGCGCGGACUCAUACCGCAUUUGGAGCAUCGUGGCUGCUGGGCAGUGAUCGGUGAAGCAGGACAAGAUUUGCGUUUUCUAGUGGAUUCUACAAAUGUCCAGUAUGCUGACCUGGGUAAUCAUGUACAAUACAAAUUAUCCGUCAGUCUCAUCCAAACGAAGAUAGACUUUGGGUUUGCAUGGACUCUACGUGUUGACAUGCAGAACAGGCCACCAAAAAAGCAGGGCUAG